CCAAAUAGGAAACAGGUUAGAGCAAAUAGGAAACAGGUUAGAGCAAAUAGGAAACAGGUUAGACUGAAUAGGAAACAGGUUAGACUAAAUAGGAAACAGAUUAGAGCAAAUAAGAAACAGGUUGGACCAAAUAGGAAACAGGAUGGACCAAAUAUGAAACAGGUUAGAACAAAUAGGAAACAGGUUAGAGCAAAUAAGAAACAGGAUGGACCAAAUAGGAAACAGGUUAGAGCAAAUAGAAAAUGGGUUAGAACAAAUAGGAAACAGGUUAGAACAAAUAGAAAACAGGUUAGAACAAAUAGAAAACAGGUUGGACCACAUUGUAAACAGGAUGGACCAAAUAGGAAACAGGUUAGAGCAAAUAGAAUUAGGUUAGAACAAAUAGGAAACAGGUUAGAACAAAUAGGAAACACGUUAGACCAAAUAGGAAACAGUGAGGUAUGGGAGAAGAGUAUAGAACUAAGUACAGGAGUACAACAGUUGUACAGAUACUGCGUCGUCGUCUUACUUCAACAUGGACGAAUUAUCGUCCGACGAUGGGAAACCCACCUUCAACCCAGACGAGUGACUGAAGAGACACCUUGCGACGAAUUUGGAAAGAUUAAUGGUCUAGUAAGCAUACAGCGGGGUUGGUUAACAGAGGAGAUGGUUAUUCAGUUUAAACUCAGAGAGUCAGGGAUCAAUAUCUGGAAAAGAAAGUUUGCUGGACACAGGUUAUGGAUUAAACUUACCCCUGUUAAUCACGAGGAAGUAGUUGAGAUUCAUGAAACUGAUGAAAGUAUGGAUGUAGCUGAGCUUAGAGAACGAUUUAUAAAUUAUCCAAUCGUAGAAACUGCGGAAUUGAGUGAAGAGGGAUGCGUGAGGAAGGUUCAGGAACAGUUUGGAAUAGAGUUAAAGACAGAGCAGGACACAUUCGUACUCUUCGAGGUUCAGCUUAUCAACCUUAACUCAGUGGCGUUCCUGGUUGAUGUUUACGGUAGGGGAGAGAAUGACGUUGGACCAAUUCCUGAUCAUAUAGGUAUGUGUUAUAUCUAUUCUGACACUCUACGUCAAACUUCUGGAAAGAUAGAGAACACAAUUACCUCAAUGAAACAUCAACCUAUUGGUAGACUUCAAGUUGACUAUCUGUGUAUCCGACCUGUGGAGGGUCUACCUUGUGAUUUCUCCACCAGUAAUAAGACAGAAUGGUUGGAGCAUUGGAGAUCACUUGAUGUCGGGCAUAGAGGACUAGGCAACUCAUAUACUACAGCUCAACAUUGUUCCAAUAUUCGUGAGAACACUAUUGCUUCCAUGAAGGAUGCUGUACUCCACGGUGCUGAUAUGGUAGAGUUUGAUGUACAGGUUUCAUCUGAUCUUGUUCCUAUAAUCUACCAUGAGUUUACCCUGUGUAUCCAGAGUAAAACUAAACAAGAGGAUGCAGAUAUCCUUCUGGAUAUUCCAGUCAAAGAUCUUACAGUUAACCAACUUCAUGGACUCAAGGUUCAUCAUCCCCAUGAGAAGUCUACCGGAGUAAAAACCUUCCAGGAAAAUGAUAAGGAACACGAACCCUUCCCAACCCUGGAGACAGCUCUAAACCUUCUGGACUCAGACUGCGGGUUCAAUAUUGAAAUCAAAUUCUCUCAAUUGUUCAAGGAUGGAAGAGAAGAGCAGAAGGAUAUGAUGGAGAUGAACCUGUUUAUCGACCAGGUCCUGAAGACCGUGUACCAGCACGCCGGUGAGAGGAAGAUAGUAUUUUCCUCAUUCAACCCUGACGCCUGCAGCAUGUUGGUAAACAAGCAGAACCUGUAUCCAGUUCUACUCCUAACCCAGGGUAGAACCUCUAGAUAUGAAGAUUAUCUAGAUCCUAGAACUAGAUCUAUACCUGCUGCAGUCUGGUUCUGUAAAAUGGUUGGUUUAUUAGGAAUAUCUGCCCGUGCUGACGAAGUAAUAAAGAAUCCAGGCCAUAUUGACCUUGUAAAAUCUCAGGGUCAGAUCUUGUUUACCUGGACAGAUGACCGGAAUGACAAGGAGACUGUUGAGCAUCUGAAAACCCUUGGAAUCCAUGGAGUUAUUUACGAUAGGAUGGAUCAGAAUAAUACUAAACAGGUGAAAGAGAGUUUCUUCUUGCAGGAGAGACGAAAAGGAGGAAAAUCAGAUUCUGGAUUCAGCUCAGAUUCAUCUCCAGCUUCAUCUCCCGUAUCAUCAGCUACAGUUCUAUAGCACUCUACACAACCAUUAUAUUCCACCCUUAAUCCCUUUUAGAUCCUUGCUAUUAUCUCAAAGUCCCUUAAUCCUUACUUGCAAUAUUAAGGUAAAAUGCCAAUCCAGCUUUAUCCCAACUCUUUACCAACUUGUAAUCCCAAGUUAGCUUAAUCCCAACUCUUUAUACCAACUUAUAAUUCAAAAUUAGCUUAAUUUCAUUUCUUUAUACCAACUUGGAAUCGCAAUCCCACUCUUUAAACCCACUUGUAAUCCCAAAUUAACUUCCCAACUACUCUCAAACCCAACUUAUAAUCCCUUUGGAUAAAUCUAAAUUCUAUAUAGUCUAAUUCUCAGAUCCAAGUGUUUCCCUCCUCUUUAAUCCACAUAUAGAGAGUUGCCUUAAUCCAUUAAAAAAUUCUUAUCUCAUAAUAUAUAUAUUACAAAGUUUCUCCUUGUCUGUUUUAAACUUAAACGAAAGGUUUCCUCCAUUAGAUUAGACUUCCUAUCUGUCUUGUACCGUAGUAGCAGAGUCGCAAAAUUCCUUUUUUGUCCUUCAUAAAGUAUCAAAAAUCGAAGAAGUUUUUAAUGUCGUGACUUAACUAUGAAGUAUCGCGUAAAAUAUUUACUUUACUCCCUCUCAUGUGCCACUGUAUUAACAGAGUAAUCCCUCUUUACAAGGCCCACUGUGUGAAAGUGCUAUUUAACUAUAGACUGCAUUAUAUUAUAAACAUGCUUCCAAAAUGAGAUGUAGAAAGUAUUACUUGUACAGAUAUGAUUAAAUAUUACAGAGUUUGCACUGACAGUCAUAAUAUUGAUUCUAGAAAAUUGAUUACUGAUGAACAUAUAUAACCCAAUAAAUGUACUGUGUAUAUUUUACAAUAUUAAGGAUUAAAGGCACACCUUUUUAACUCUGUAACUUUUUUCACGUCAGUACUUUCGAUUCAUUAUACUUUAAUAAAGAUAUGAUUAUGUAUUAUUGAACUGUAUUUAUUAGCUUUCAUCUUGUUUAUCAAGUUUAUGAACCGUAUAGGUUUCUUUGUAUUAUUUAAUUAAACAAUUAUUUUCAGUUUUCUGUAAUCGGUAGAAAAUAUUAGUUCAAUCCUACGUUAAUUUAGUUAAUUCCUCUGAAGCUGUCUCCAAAAGUCGUCUUCCGACCAUACGGGCCAAUCUUUGGUGCUGAAUUAAACUUAAACACUUGUUGCAUGUCUGCAGUUCAGAUCAUUUAUUUAAAGAGACAUAUUUAUCAAAAUUUAAACUAAUAGACAUAUUCAUUUUAUCCGUAACUUAUUGAGGUGUAAUUAGUUAAUCUUGAAAUAAAUUAUUAUUAGAACAGUU